AUGUCUUCACGAAUACUGGGCUCUCAACCUGUCUCGCUUCUUGGCCCGAUCCCUCCCACCGUCGACCUGACCUCCCAAGAGUACCACCAUUACCCAUCCAAGCCCGCCAAGACCACGGGCUCCUGCUGGACUGCUCCCUUCCGGGACGGUCUGCCCACUCCUCCCGGCGACAUGACCGGUGUGGCCUACAAUGCCGUUCCAACCGUUGCCUACGGAGGGAAAGGGCACGGAAUGUCCUCCCACCUGUAUGACCACUCGCGUGCGCACUUCGAUUCUAUGUCGUCCUCCAUGAUGGCUUCAUUGAAAUCGACCCAGAGCCAUUCAAACCACGCCGCCCCCACGAAGGAGACCUCAACCACCGAGCCGGUAAACAAUCAAAAGAAAUCGGCUGGCACUUCGAGCGGAUCGCAACUGCGGAUUCCUUCAUCCAUUAACUCCAGCAAGGGCAGUUUGGCUGAGUUCGCCGCCCAGAUGACUUGCCUGUUUUGGUUUGAAAAGACACCCAAGCUCCAAUCCAUCGAAGACCGACGACAUGAUGUGCCUUGUCUUGUUGCCGAGGCGUUUCCAACCUAUGGUUUCCAGAAGUGGGUGGCCGCGAUUCUUUCCACCACCCAGGUCAGCCAGAACGUAAUAUUACUGGCCCUGCUCUUUAUCUACCGACUCAAAAAGUUCAAUGCUGGUGUGAAGGGCAAGAAAGGCAGCGAAUUCCGCUUGAUGACGGUUGCGUUGAUGCUCGGCAAUAAAUUUCUCGACGAUAACACUUACACCAAUAAGACGUGGGCCGAGGUCUCAGGUAUCGCGGUGCAGGAGAUCCACAUCAUGGAGGUUGAGUUCCUCAGCAACAUUCGAUACGACUUGUUCGCCUCCGAGGCGACAUGGUCUCGCUGGCAAACGAAGCUGGGCCUGUUCGGGGACUACUUCAGCCAGGCUUUGAAGAAUCCCACCGAGUUGGACAAGCCCGCAUUGCGCAUCUCGCCGCCCCGGUUGCAACAACCUCAAUCGCCCUCGUCCAAGUUGCCCUCGCCGCCGACCGAUAUAUUCCGUCCGCACUCACAGCCUCAGCAUCAAAAACACUGGUUUAUGCCAGGUACCGGGCUGCCCUACCCUGUCCCUUCACAGUCGAACGAGGUUGCAACCGGCGGAUCUCGCAAGCGUAGCCGAGAUGAGGACGGUGAACUCCAUCCUACGAAGCGGGUUGCGAUGGCCCCUCACAACAUCCCUUCCGCCUUGACUAUCUCAUCUGCCAUGAACUCUGGUAUUCCCACGCUCCCACCUGUCUUGACUCCCACGUCUGCGCCCGUUGCCCAAACACAACUCUCGGGUGUAGUCUCUCGUCUUCCUCCUCCUCACCUCCCGCCUUCCUCCAACCCGAUAUCUCAUCCCCUUCCUCCGACCACGGUUUCGCAACUACCAGUGCCUGCUCUUAUGCCAUCAGUCUACAACCGGAACUCAAAUUGGACUCAGCAAAUGCCUCCUGCUGCGGUGCCACCUGUGGCAUCUGGUGUCUACAAUACGCCCGCACUGUCUGAGCUGGCCAGACACAACCCUAGUCCUUUCGCCGUCUCAUCUGCGACCGUAUCCCCCGCGGUCUCUGCCUACUCUGUCCACACGCCUCAAACUCAUCUUUCACCAUCUUAUUUCCUUGCCAACCGAGACUCCCCGUACCGGCCUGUUCGCUCAGUUCACACCUUGCUCAUUCCACCUCCAUCCACCUCUAUGCAACAGCAACGCAGUGUCCCCUUUGAUCAUAUGCAUUACCAGCCUCUGGGAAAGACGUCUGCUGACCGCAAAACCGGCCUACUACCCUACAUCUACCCUGAAUCUUGGACUCAGACGCCCUUCCAACCUUUCUUUCCUCAAACUCAGAACUUCUCUGGCUAA